AUUGCACUAUUUUAUACCUGUGCAAUAAUAAAUUAUUAAGAAUGAUAUAUAUACAUAUAGCUCAACUUAUUACGCUAUUUCUCUCUUUCAUUCUUUUAUCGAUUUGACUUGAACGAAUAGACUUGAAACUUGAACUUUGACAGAUAAAACAGUAACAUUGCGCACGAUGUAUAUGUGAUUAGGCGAAGCCGUCUCAGCGAUAACCUCUCGAUAAUGAAUUUUUAAAUCUCCUUCACGUGUUAAAAAUAUCUCUAAAGUAAAGAUUUCCGUACUUGCACGGCGUCAUCUGAUUUCUUUCAGAUUGAUUAAUUAACUUAAUUAACAUAAAAUUCAUCGUGUCUGUUAUGGUCAAUCAAUAAUCUAUCCCGUGCGGCAAGAAUAAACUCCGAUAAUGUAGAAUCAUAGAAUCAUCUAGCGGGAAAAGAUUUCAUCGCAAUCAUGUCAUCAGCUAAUUUGCCGUUGUACGGCAGCCAUGAAGAAGAUCUUUCGGAAGUGUGCAGGGAACACUACCUGUUCUUGUUGGAGCUGUUCGUGAAGCAGGCGUCAGGCGAACGCCUGGCCAAAUUGAAUCAGAUGUUCUUCGUGCCGACGAGCAUUCAUUUUGGAUUUUUCGACUUUGUAGACGAGGAUGAUCUGACCGUAACUCCGGUGGAUCUUUUCUUUCAACCGCAGGCGGGCGUCGCUAACGACAUCGAGAUCUUCAACGCCGGAAAGUCGGUGCUGUUCGCCAUCGACCAUGAGACGGUUACAGAUCGCACCGCAAAAAUGAUUCUAAAGAUCACCGCGAAGAAAAAGAUGCCCGACAACAUCAAGCCGGACAUCCUGGUGGGCGUGGGCGAGCUAGAUUUAUCCGGUCAGUACGCAGCUCUGAGACUAGAGAUGCUGCAGUGCUGGAGAAAGGGCGUCACGACGUCCAAAGUGUUUGACGGUCAAAUAUCGUUGAUUCACAAUGAGAACUUAUCGAGCAAUCUGGACAUCUUCGUGAGAAUAUCCAGCUUCGGACAGACGAUCGUCACGGAAUUCGAUGGGCCGAUCGCGCAGGAUUCCUCGAUGUUUAUAUUUGGCUCUGGAGAGGUCGAUCAAGUUUUAUCGUACAAAUGUCGCAAAAUGGAUUCUCGCACGAUUGAACUCCUCGAGGAUUCCUGCGAGGCUCUUCCGACAACUUGUCCCAUUUGCGAACCGGAAAGGUCCUUGUAUCCUUGUAUGCCGUGUGGAAAAUUAGCAGCUGUCGAAGAGAGGGACAAAGGAGACAUCGGGAUAGCGAGAAGAAAGAUUACGUCGUCAAGAAGCCUCGUUUCACCUAAUCGGAACUGUGGUCUGACUCAACCUUGCGGCAAGCCAGUGGUUCUCAAGGUAUCCGGUCUCUUUGACCACGGCAACCCCGGUGGGAACAAACCUACAGUGACAGUUGCUUCGAAUCCAGGCGAAUCCGAUCCUGAUCAUGACAUUUUUGUCCUAAGAAUCGGCAAGAAAGGCCUCGUUGGCGUCGGCGAGAAGUCUGAUAUACAGUUGGAGAUGAAAACCCCGAAAGGAUCGGAAAGAAGGCCCCCGAUCAGGUACGAGACUAGAGAUAUGCAGACGGAGAGAGCCGAAGAAGAGGUACCGAAAGAGGUGAAAAAAAAGAAGAAGAAGAAUAGAAAGUGAAUGCGCCUCAAGAUCGAAAAUCAAUUCUGAAUUUAUUUCGCGGUGAUAUUUUUCUUAUUGUCGCUUUUGGUCACACACCUUUCUGAUGUAACAUUGUAUUUGUCACAUAAAUAUAAAUUUAAGUUUACUUGCAUUUUUAAAUUCUUGUACUAUAAAUUUCGCAUGAUUAAAUAAAUAAAAUAAAUAACACAAAAUAAAUUACUCGUAAUAUCUUUUUAAAGUUUGAAAUAGUUAAGUUUGUCAAAAGUAGAUUAUGGCAAAUGUUUGCUAUCAAAUGUUGUCAGCAAAAAGGCCAUAAAAUGGGUUUUGAAAUUAUUAUUAUAUUCAAUCAAAUUGGUACCAAAAAUCGAGCAGAACCUGUUCAUUAAAAGAUGAACAUUUUAUA